AUUGUAUAUAUGUAGUAUGUUCGUUGUGAUUGUGACAGCAAUUUAAUGCAGGGAAAAGGAUGGUGUUCAACUGCAGCUUGAAUCGUAAGUUCUGAUCAUAUAUUUUUUUUUUCUCUAAAAUUUGAAGUUUCUGCAGUUUUUCUCGUGUUCGCGGUUUUGCAUUAGUUUUAAAAUUUCAUAGGUUUUUUAUACAAUAUGCUUCACUAAAAUUCUCACUAUCAUGGAACAUUGUGUGGAUAAUCAGACUUGGUGAUGAGCAUGUUGGAUAUCGACGGAUGGAUUUUCCAAAUUUGAAGUUGAGUGUAGUUGGUGGACGGCCAUUUUCAUGUGGUGGUGAGCAUAUGUUUCGGAAGAAACUUCUUAUUUCUAGAUACGGUGUCCAUGAUAUGAAUGAAAGCACAGAGAAGAUUCACGAAGCUGCUUUAGGAACCCCUGAUGACCACUCAGUUAUAUUUCUUGCGCAUAACGGGCCCACAGGCCUCGGUUCCAAUGUAGACAAUAUAUGCGGAAAAUAUUUUGUUUGUGAAGGCGGUGACCAUGGCGAUCCUGAUUUAGCACAUGCAAUAUCCUACCUAAAACAAACCACCAACUUGUCUAUCAAGUUGGUAGUGUUUGGUCACAUGCAUAAAGGGCUGGCAUUUGGAAAUGGUCUUCGUAAAAUGGCAUUUGGAAAUGGUCUUCGUACAAUGGGAUUGAUAGAAAUUUCACCCAUCGGAGAUAUCACGAGUGGUGGAUAA